AGUGCUUGGUUAUUUACAUCAAGUGCAUUGGCCAUUGGCUAUUUAAAUGAUUCGAAUGAGCAACAUCUAUGAUAAACGAACAUAAGAUGGCUGAAGAGGCAAAGCUUGUUUUAGUUUCAGGAGCGUCAGGAUUUGUCGCAAGUCAAAUAAUUUAUCAAUUGCUUCAAAGUAAUGAGUAUCGUGUACGUGGUACAGUACGCGAUGUUAAUAACGAAAAGAAAACUAAGCCGUUAAAAACGUUGUGUCCAGAGGCGAAAUAUCCUUUGGAACUGGUGCAGGCCGAUCUACUCAAUGCUGAUUCGUGGUUAAGUGCCGUCAAGGAUUGCGAUUACGUCCUACAUGUGGCUUCACCCUUUCCCAACGCUACACCGAAGAAUGAAGAUGAGAUAAUCAAACCAGCCGUGGAGGGCACCACAAAUGUUUUAGAAGCAUGCGCAAAAUCCUCAACCGUCAAGAAAGUUGUACUAACGAGUUCGUACGUUGCCAUUUCCUCUGGACACAAAGAUCGCACGGACCGUAUCUUCACAGAGGAAGAUUGGGCUAUCGUAGGGGAAUGCUCGGCGUAUCAAAAGAGCAAAGCUUUAGCAGAAAAAGCUGCGUGGGAUUUCGUGAAGAAUCUACCAGAUGAGCAGAAAUUUGAGUUAGCCACUAUAAAUCCAGGUUACGUAUUCGGACCAGUGUUACACGGCUCAAAUUGUACCAGUAUGGAGAUUCACAAAACGCUGCUACAGAGAGAAAUACCAAUGCUUGCAAGACUACAAUUUCCCUUGUGUGACGUUCGUGAUGUUGCAGCUGCACACAUAAAAUCUCUGACUUUGCCAAAUGCCGCUGGAAACAGAUUCAUCAUCAAUACGAAAAGUUUAUGGAUUGGGGAAGUGGCAGAAAUAUUAAAAAAAGAGUUUUAUUCCCAAGGAUAUAAUGUUCCAACACAGUACGCUCCAAAUUUCGCCAUUCGCUUUAAGUCUUUUUUCGACAAAACUCUUAAGAUGAUGGUACCAUCGCUUGGUAAGACCGUCAGUUUGUCAAAUGAAAAGAUGAUUAAGGAACUUGGUAUCACUCCCAUUGAAAUAGAAAAGACAAUCAUUGAUAUGGCGUACAGUUUGAUAGACAAUGGCUUCAUCACAAAGACUAACGAAUACCGUGGAAAGAAAUCCUAAGAGAAAGAACGCAGUAUAUAAUUUAACUGUUUUAGUCACACACGACUUUUAAAAAAACUAUAUGUAAUCGUUUCCUUAUUAAAGCAGUAAAACAAUUGAGCAAAAUGAAA